UUUCAAUCCAACGAGUCGCUUGCCACAAGCGGCUUUACCCACGCGUAUCUUAAAAAACCCGUUGUCCCGGGUUCUCCUGCGCCGGCUACCUUUCAACUUAGGUCGAGCCGCAAUGCUUUCGUUCGCCUUCACCAAGAAUCCAACAGAAGCGCUUGAUUGCAAAGAAGCGAGCGAAGGCCUAUCAAAAACACCGCGACCGCUGACUUUGUUCCACCCGUGACAAGGCGCGUGAUCGAUUGCGGAAAACGCGACAAAGCCCGUCAUCGUUGUUUCGAAUUUGUUGGUGGAAGCCUUCUUUGUCUUUAUAUCGCAAUCAUCGAACGUCCUAAUAUGGACACAAGUGGUUUCAUCCAUGACAGAUUGAAGUGGUUGGAUGAGGACAGAGAUCUUGACUUGACUCUGAAUAAAUACCAUGCGCGCAGUUCCAAUCCUGUUUUGGGGUCAACCCCCCAAAACAAGCCAUCUUUUCGGAGAACACUGUCCCUCAGUUCCGCCAGUAUGGGUCGAAGACCGACCUUGAAGUCCCACAGGAAGCUCCCACAUUCUAGCCAGUCUGCUGCCGCACAACCGACUUUGACCAACAUUGUCAACGGCAACACUGAUUCUCGGCCAUUGUCCCCCCAAAGCCCGGCUCACCACGCACCUCGGUCUUCAACCUCCAGCAUUGAACCAAAUGCUCAAUACUAUCGGGAUCCAGAAGCUCGCCGAAAGUUGCGCGUUUCCUUAUCGCCGCAGAAGUUCGACGAAGCACUCCGAUUCGGGUUUCCGGCCCCGGACAACAAAAGCAAUGGUCCUCGAAAGAGUUACGCUUUUGAACAAAAUCGGCAGCUUCCAGAUUUCGCCGCCCCAUCUCUCGAUAAGAAGUCGGUCUCCGGCAACACCGACGCGCAGCGGCGGACUUGGGCUUUAAUGCCUGAUCCUGCUUCUCCAACCCGCGAAAUGACUUUGAAAAUGACGUUGACAAGACCCGAUUUACGGUCAGAGUCACCCACCGCCGCCUCAUUCCGAGAUAAUGAUAGCUUAAAGCCUGCGAGUUUGCGCCAGGUGGAUACUGCACCCCAAGUUGGUAGUCUAGGCACGAGAGAACCUGGGUUGGUCAAGAAGAUAUGGCGCAAGGUUCGAAGACAAUAAAGCGCUCGAUUUUCUCUUGGGACCUCUACAUAUCACUAGAGUGCCAAAGGAUAACUAGGCUAGCAAAAUGCCGUUACACGGCAUUACUUGCGCCAUGUGCCACGAUAUCAUAUCACAGGAUGCCAUUCGAAAAGCCACUCUUAUCUC